GAUGGAGCUUAAGAUUGACGUUAGUAUUAUCUCAACUAGGGUACGAAAUUGUGACAGACAAGGGUUUUCCUGGUAACUAGGGACUGGACAUAAUACUCGAAUGGGUUCAAUGGCAUAGAUCUAUGAUUGUCUAGCAGUUAUGCCAAUUCUGACGGUGCGUGGCGGAGCUCAGAAGGAAGUUAUGAGCAUCGCUUCAGGCGAGGUCCUAGGCGCUGAGCGACCAAGCUACAGUGGCCUUCCGCUACAUGAGCAAAGGAAACUGUUCACGGAUGAGGUCACGAGGGCUUUCAAUGCGCUGCGGGCCCGCGGGAUGGAGCCCAACGAGGCGUGUGCGCUGGCUCUGAAAGUGGCUGCUGGCGUAGCCGACCUGCCGACCAGUCCGGACGAGCUGGCCCAGCGCCUGUCCGCUGACCCCGCCGGCACGCCUCUGGGCCAGCUGUGCGCGGCCGUGACCCGCUUCUUCGCCAGCGCCGACUGCCUCGCAGCCGCCUUUUGGCCGCGAGACAGGCACGCCCCCCCUCCCUCCGCCGCCUCUGCCUCGGGGGAGCAUGGCGCCGCUAGCACUAGUGGUGGCAGUAGCAGCAAAGUGGCACCGGGCAGCAGCAGCGGGGGCCAGGCGGCGCCAACACACGCCUGCCCACUGGAUUUCACGGCAGUAGCAGCGCUGUAUGACGCAGUGCUCGGGGCAGCCGUGCCGCCGCCUGCUGCGUCGAGUAGUGCUACUGCCGCCACGGCCAGUGCCGCCUCAGCUGCGGCGCCCGAACCCGGCAGUAGCAGUAGGCCCAGCGAGAAUGGGGGCGGUGCCGCGGGAGGGACAGGCGAGCUAUCUCCUUCAACAUCAGCAGCAGCAACAGCCGCGGGCGGUGCCGGCGGCUUGUCUCCUGCCGGCAGGCAGACGGCUGCUACAGCCUCCACAUCAGCCACUGCUACAGCCUCUGCUACAGCCUCGGUGCUGCGGCCGCGCGGCCACUCGGCGGCGCUGUGUGCGGCCCUGACGGCGGGGGCGGAGGGGCUGCUUGCGGGGGCGGGCGGACUGCCGGCGGCGCUCAACCCCGGCCUGCCGCGGCAGUUGGCGGUGCUGCUGGCGUGUCCGCUGCUGGACCGGAGCGAGCACCACGACCUUCUGGGCAGCCUGGUGUCCUUCAUCGGCGGCCUGGGUGCCGCACAGCGGGCGGCGCUGGGCGGGCUGCUGGCCACCUACCCGGGUGACGAGAUGCGCAGGCUGGUGACGCGGCUUCACAGCUUCAUCACCAUGACGCUGUUCAGAAUGCAGAGCAUCACGCGCGGGGUGGAGGACGCGACACGGCUGCUGGCGCUCGUGUAUGAGGCGAACGAGGAGGCGGGUCGGCAGGCGGCGGCGGCGGCGGCAGCAGCCGGGAAAUCUUGGGGAGCAGCAGCAGCAACAGCAUCGGCAGCGGAUGCUGCUGCAGCCGUCGGCGGGGCUGCUGCAGCCCACACGUCGGGGUUCAGUGCGCUAGGUCGCAUGGGUGACACGGCUACAGCCGCGGCGGCGGCGGGCCUGGCGGCGGGGUGGCGGCCACUUGAGCCGGCGGCGUUCUACAACGACGCCAUCAACCACGAGGACUUCAAUUUGAAGGAGGACUUCCGGAAAUGGAAACACCCCCACAAGUACGACUUCUGUUUCUGCAAGUUCCCCUUCAUGUACGACCCCGGCAGCAAGGCGCGGCUGUUGCAGAUGGAGAACCAGAUGAGCCAGGUUAAUGAGCUGCAUUCGGCUCUGUUCCGAGGUCUCUUCGGCGGCCCGGGCGGCGGUGGCGGCAGUCUGGGCGGCGGGCUGGGCGGCGGGCUGGGCGGCGGCGGCGGGCUUGGCCCCAUGCCUGACAUGUGUCCCUUCCUUGUGCUCCGGGUCCGGCGGGGGCCGUACCUGGUGCAGGACACACUGAUCCAGAUCCACCGCGCCAAGGAGUCCGACUCGCUCAAGAAACCGCUCAAGGUCAAGUUCAUCGGGGAGGAGGGAGUGGACGAGGGCGGCGUGGCCAAGGAGUUCUUCCAGCUACUGGUCCGCCAGCUGUUCAACCCCGACUACGGCAUGUUCACCUCCGACCCCGCCUCCCACCUGCACUGGUUCCGGCCCGCCGGCAAACUGGCGGCGGAGGACAUGGAGCUGGAGUUCGAGUUGGUGGGCAUUCUCAUUGGCCUGGCUAUUUACAACAGCCACAUUCUGGAGUUUCAGUUCCCACCGGUGCUGUACAAAAAGCUCAUGGGGGCAACCUGCCCCGAGCUGCCGGCGGCGGCAGCGGCGGCGGCAGGUGCAGCGGCCGAGGGGGCGGCGGCGGCGGCCGUGGGGCAGGGGGCAGGGGCACGGGCCGCGGCAGCAGCAGGGUCGGCGGCGGGUGCCGCCGCAGCGGCGGCAGGCGGCGCAGCAGACACGCCGCCGGCGGCAUCGUCUGCAGGAACCCUUGGGUUGGAGGUGGACAUGGAGGUGGGCUUUGGCGAGGUGGAGGCAGUGGAGCUGGUGCCGGGCGGCGGCGAGCUGGCCGUGACGGCAGCCAACCGCCGCACCUACGUGGACCUCUACGUGCGACACCUGCUGCAGGACUCCAUAGCGCCCCAGUUCGGCCCCUUCCGCCGCGGCUUCCUGCGCCUGUGCUCCGGCGCCGCGCUGGGCUGGUUCAGCGCCUCCGAGCUGGAGCUGCUGGUGUGCGGCAGUCGGGCGCUGAGGCUGACGGAGCUGGAGGCAGCCACGCAGUACGAGGACGGAUACACGCGGGACUCGGAGCCGGUGCGCUGGUUCUGGGAGGUCGUCCACUCGCUGCCGCCCGCGGGUCAGAAGCGGCUGCUGUUCUUCGUGACGGGCAGCGACAGAGUGCCCAUCAAGGGCCUGGCGCACCUGAACCCGCCCUUCGUCAUCUCCCGCGCCGGCGCCCACUCGGACCGGCUGCCCUCCGCCCACACCUGCUUCAACCACCUGCUGCUGCCGCACUACAACAGCAAGGAGGUGCUGAGGGAGCGGCUGGAGCUGUCGCUGCAGAACGCGGAGGGCUUUGGGCUCAUGUGAGAGGCGGGAGAGGUGGGGGUGGGGGGCAUCAGAUGUGUGUGUGUCGGGGGGGAGCGUUGUCAGGUAGCCCUGACACGGCGUAGGUGAGGAGGUGCCGCCGGCCGGGGCGGCCCCCGACACACAGCGAUACCAGGAGUUCCAAAGGUCGCAGCGCUCAGGUUGCAGCGGGCACCUGCCAAGCGGCUGAUGUCCCCUGUUGUCCUUUCGUGCCGCUCGUUGGCACAUUUUGCAUCAUAGGACUGAUAGGAGUAUGUGCACACCUGGCAUGUGCAUACCGGAACACGGUUGAAGAGGUGGCGCACGUAGGGUUGCGGCCCGCAGGAGGCAUGCAGUCGAUGCACUCGGACGUGUUUGGAAGUGCGGAUGUGUUGAGUUGUGGGUUGAGCUGCGGAGCUGCGGCCUGUGGAUGGGCGGGGGAGUUGAUGGCAGCGCCGUCCCAGUCGGGCUCAUGUAACAUGUUGUCGUGUGCGGGGGGCUGCGAGCAGCUGAGGCCCCUGACGGAAAGCGAAGGCGCAAGGCAUGUGGGUAGGGCCGCACGGGGCAGACGGUGAAAGUGUGAAACGAAUGCACGUCCUUGACAUAUGGGGUCUGUUGGAGCAGGAUGCGACAUAUGGGGGCUGCCGGGCUGCUGAUCUCGCAAGCGCGAUGUGCGGUGGUGCGCUGUUCGGCUGCUGUUGCCAUGUACGAGCAAAGUAACUCCACUAGCAGUGCUUAUACCGUAGUGAUAAAAAGGUUUCGGGACUAAUAUUUUCGGGACAGGGUCGGAUAAUAUAUUUCAAACUAUUCGGGAAAUUAAAUAUUCGG